AUGGAAAGGGGGAUACCUGCCCUACAUGAUGCCCCCAGGCAUGGGUGGAGGAUUAAGCCAGGCGAGGAUGACCCAAAAUCCAAGGGAAAGAACAGCCUCCAAGUGAAGAACUCCACACAUGUUCCAGAGCUCACCCAGUUCCGGAAAUUGGCCCUUGCCACCGCUGUCCCAAAGGCCGAACAGAAAGCUGGAUCUCCGCCGCCUGAGAUCACCCACAAUGGCACCAAGGUGCAAAUGUGUGUCGGUUAUCACGUCAAGGGAAAAUGCUGGGAAAAGUGUCCUCGAGCGGCCGACCAUGUGGCCCACUCCGCACAAGACACAGCAAAGCUUGUCGAGUGGUGCAAGAAAGCUUACGCUGAAGAAUGA